AUGGCGACGUACUCUCUCCAGGACCAGCUCGAGAAGCUCCCUAUCCCUGACCUUGAGGACACCUGCAAACAGUAUCUCAAAGUGCUCAAGCCGCUCCAGACGGAGAAGGAACACGAAGACACUAAGGUCGCCGUGGCCAAGUUUUUGAACGGCGUCGGCCCUUACUUGGACCUGGAAUUGCGCAAAUACGCCGAGAACCGUCCCCUGUACAUCGAACAAUUCUGGUAUGACUCCUACUUGAACUACGACCUGCCGGUGGUGCUCAACCUCAACCCGUUCUUUUUGCUUGAAGACGACCCUUUCAACAACGAGCUGUCGCUGAACCCUCAGGUGAAGCGGGCGACGACGUUGACGGUGCUGGCGCUUAAGUUUAUCCAGGCGUUGAAGAACGAGACGUUGACCCCCGACACCAUCAGAGGCAAACCUCUUUGUAUGUACCAGUACCAAAAAUUGUUUGGUGCCGCAAGAAUCCCCACCGCCGACGGGUGCGUGAUGCAACUGGACCCGAGCCUGAACCACAUCAUCGUCAUGCUGAGACUGCAGAUCUACUGGUUCGACGUCUUGGACCACGACAACAAUAUUAUUUUGCUGGACCUGGAACUCAUGGUCAACUUCACUCUGAUCAUCCACGACUCGCAAGCGGCUCCCCCCGCCGAAGUGGCUCGCCAACUGUUUGGUGUGCUUACCACUGAAAACCGUCGGGCGUGGGCUCACGCUCGUAUGCACCAAAUUGCCAAUAACGCCACCAACAGUGAGAUCUUACAAAUCAUCGACCUGGCGCUCUUUGUGCUCUGCCUCGACGACUUGGAAAUCAACGAUUUGUCGGUGUUGUCCAAGAACAUGUUGUGUGGGUUGCUGAUUUUGGAUAAAGGUAUCCAGGUGGGUACGUGCACCAACCGCUGGUACGACAAGUUGCAAAUCAUCAUUACUAAGAACGGUAAGGCGGGGAUCAACUUUGAACACACCGGUAUCGACGGCCACACCGUGCUCAGAUUCGUAUCGGACAUCUACACCGACCUGAUCUUGCUGUUUGCCCACUCGAUCAACGGCAACGCCCCGCUGUUGUGGAAGGAACUCAAGGCUCUGGGCGAAGACGUGUCGCGCCAGAACUUGGUCACCAUCCCCAGAAAGCUUGAAUGGGAAUUGACUCCUGAUCUUCUGCUUGCUCUUCGUUUCGGUGAGACUCGUCUCUCGGACUUGAUCAACCAAAACGAAUUCAAGCACCUCGAGUUCACCAACUACGGGCUGAACCAGAUCAAGAAGAUGAAAUACUCUCCCGAUGCCUUCGUCCAGAUGGCGUUCCAGGCUACUUACUACGCCUUGUACGGUAAAGUUGAAUGCACUUACGAACCGGCGAUGACCAAGAACUUCUUCCACGGCCGUACUGAAGCCAUCAGAACCGUGUCGGAAGAACUGAACUACUUUGUUCGUAAGUUCUUUGAUGCUGAAGUUACCAACAAGGACAAGCUUCAAUUCCUCAGCGACGCCUGUACUGCCCACUCGGCGCAAACCAAGCGUGCUAGCUCGGGUAGAGGGGUCGACCGUCACCUUUACGGUUUGUUCUGCAUCUGGAAACGUUACAUGGACGACCACGCCAACGAUGACGAUGGAGACGAAGGUCUGCUGAACGAAACCAUUGUUGGUGGCGGCAUUGACGAAAAGAGCGCUCCUCAAAUCACUGAGCUCCCCGAAAUCUUCGCUGACUUGGGCUGGGACAAGCUUAACACCACCGUCAUCUCCACCUCCAACUGUGGUAACCCGUCGUUGCGUUUGUUCGGCUUUGGUCCCGUCAGUGCCAAUGGGUUUGGUAUUGGCUACAUUAUCAAGGAAGACUCGAUCUCGAUUUGUGUGUCGCUGAAGCACCGCCAAACCGAACGGUUCUUGGUGACGCUUGAGCUGUACUUCAACGAGAUCCUCAACAUGUGGAAGCAAGUUAAGCUUGAGGACACCGCGAUGAAGGCGGCGCAGCGCAAGCCGCUGCUUGUGCGGUCGAAGUCGAUCAACUUGUCGACGUUGCUUGGUGGGUACGGGUACUUUGACAUGGGCGACGACGACAUUAAGUCGCAGGGUCACAUCCCUGAACCUCCGUUCUUGAACCGGCAAAACUCUUCGUUCUCCAAUCGGGAAAUUGGAAAGAAGUUGCGUUUGUCUGAAUACUAG